ACCAGAUCCAAGAUGGCGGCCAGCAGGAGGCUGAUGAAGGAGCUUGAAGAAAUCCGCAAAUGUGGAAUGAAAAACUUCCGUAACAUCCAGGUUGAUGAAGCUAAUUUAUUGACUUGGCAAGGGCUUAUUGUUCCUGACAACCCUCCAUACGAUAAGGGGGCCUUCAGAAUCGCAAUCAACUUUCCAGCAGAGUACCCAUUCAAACCACCGAAGAUCACAUUUAAAACAAAGAUCUAUCACCCGAACAUCGAUGAAAAGGGGAAGGUCUGUCUGCCAGUAAUUAGUGCUGAAAACUGGAAGCCAGCAACCAAAACCGACCAAGUAAUCCAGUCCCUCAUAGCACUGGUGAAUGACCCCCAGUCCAAGCACCUACUUUGGGCUGACCUAGCUGAAGAAUACUAA